AUGGACGAUUCAAUGGAUAUGGUGGCUGCUACCCGGGCCUGUGCAUCGUGCAAAAAGAAUAAAAGACGUUGUGACAAAAGCUUACCCAGUUGUAACUUGUGCCUCCGAUCCAACCGAAUUUGUGAUUACUCGGACAAUACGCAGUCUAGCCAUCGAGACGAAAUUGCCGAUUUGCGCAGUCGACUCCAAAGACUCGAACAAUUGAUCGCAUCUUCUCCCAACCCGCCACCGUACCCAGCUUCUGAUGGGGAAGCAUGCAACACUGACGAUCAGCAUCCUUACAUCGAGAACCUGUCUGUUUUAGCAUCGUAUCUCGACUCUGAGGUUUGGUCGUCCUGCAACAUACCCAACCAUUCAAACCCUGUCUAUGCUCCACCGGAGAUAUUGUCCCUAGUAGGUGGGUUUAUCGAGAUUGAGAACCUCAAACUUCGUUAUUUCUCUUCCAUUCAUACAUGGAUGCCUAUAGUGAGUAAGCUACGACUGAAUCGACUCACUCAAAACACAACUGGACCUUUGAAAGCGGAUACCGCACUUUUGUUAUUGUGUUUGAGGCUUUCAUUCUCCUACGGGAAGUCUGCGAGCACUUCCAAGUUCUACCAUACUAUAAAAGAGUUUAGCAACGAGCUUGAGUUAAAAGGUAUCAUCAGUCUCCGCACAGUCCAAGCAGGGCUCCUGCUUUGCGUCUACGAAAUUGGACAUGGGAUAUUCCCUGCCGCAUUUCUCAAUAUUAGCUGCUGUGCGAGACAAGGUAUUGUACUCGGUCUACACCACAAGUCAGCGCCCCAAUCGAUGGGACCUCCCCGUAGCUGGGUUGAUUGGGAAGAAAGACAGCGUGUUUGGUGGUUGAUCAUUAUUCUCGACAGAUAUAUUGCGAUUGGCGUUGACCAUCGCCCACUGUGCACCGAAGAUCCGACAAAAGACACGCUACUCCCAGCUUCCGAUAGUGCCUGGGAUAGUGGCGAGAUGAUGUCCCCAGAACGUGUUCUGCUCUCAUCAGGUAGUACUAACACAGUUAGUAGCUUUGCCCGGAUGGCACAAGCAUCAAACCUUCUUGGCCUCGUCAUUAGACAUUGCAACGACACGUCUAUGGAUCUCGAAUAUGUGCUAAACAACUUUGAACUUCUCUCUCGGUCGUUGAAAUCCCUCUUGGAAAUGACAGGUAAUGACAAAGACGCAAUGUCCAGUGAGAUGAGUACUGCGACAGCAUUAUGUUUCAGGUGA